AUGGAGAACAUUACAGAUCAAUGGAGAAAAGAAUAUUUGUUAAGCAUCCGAGAAUCAUCAAGAGUACAGAACAACAGUUCUAACGUUGUAAAGGCAGGUGAUAUUGUCAUUCUUAAGAACGAAAAUACAUCUCGUAUCUAUUGGAAGUUAGCAAGGGUAGAAAAUCUUCUUCGAAGUAAGGAUGAAGUUAUUCGCUCCGCCGAAAUCCGAGUUAUGGGCAAUGACAAAAAGAAGACCGUGGUAUUACGAAGGCCUGAUUCCUCUAGAAGUUCAAGAUACGAGCUGAAUUCAAGGCACAAGCGAACUACAAGAUUCGAGCGAAAUUCAAGACACAAGCGAAUUACAAGAUUCAAGCGAAGUUCAAGAUACAAGCGAAGUUCAAGUUACGAUCGAAAUUCAAGAUACGAGCGAAGUACAGCAUGCGAGCGAAUUCAAGACACAAGCAAAGUACAAAAUUCGAGCGAAGUUCAAGACACAGGCGAAGUUCAAGAUACGGGCGAAGUUCAAGAUACAAGCGAAGUUCAGAGACAAAUAUAA